AUGAGCUUGCUGGGGGCCUACAAGAAAAAGACCAAUUACGAUGGCUAUGAAUCUUUGCAGUUGGUCGAUAGCGCCGGGGAGAGCUUCAGUGUCGGCAGCGGCGCAGGAGGAGGAGGAGGAGGAGGCGGCGGAGGAGGAGGAGGAGGCGGCAGCGGCGUACUCGGAGGCUCCAUAGCGGCCACACUUGGACCGAAGGCGGGCCCGCUGAGAGAGGAGGACUGCAGCACCAUGGACAGCUCAGAAAUGGACGCCAAUUCUGGCGGCGGACUGCUGGACAUGGUGAAGGGAGGAGCGGGGAAGUUCUUCAGCAACUUCAAGGACAACCUGAAGGACACGCUGAAGGACACCUCCACCAAGGUCAUGCAUCAGGUCGCCACGUACACUAAAGGGGAGCUGGACAUUGCCUACAUCACAUCACGCAUCAUAGUAAUGACAUAUCCAGCGGAGUCCGUCCAGAUCGGCUAUCAGAACCACGUGGAGGACAUACGCUCCUUCCUCGACAGUCGCCAUGCCGACCACUACACUGUUUUCAACCUAUCGCAGCGCAACUACCGCGGCGCCAAAUUCUCCAACAGGGUCUCCGAGUGUAAUUGGCCGUCCCGCCAGGCUCCCAGCCUCCACAACCUGUUUGCUGUUUGUAAGAACAUGCACAACUGGCUCAAGCAGAAUCCCAAGAACGUGUGUGUCAUCACCUGCUCGGACGGUCGGGCUCUUUCGGGCGUUCUGAUCUGUGCCAUGUUCUGCUUCUGCCACCUCUUCAACAACCCGGUUCCUGCCAUGCAGCUGCUCAGCGCCAAGAGGCCGGGAUCGGGCCUCUGGCCUUCGCAUCGCAGGUACAUAGGUUAUGUGUGCAGCAUGGUGUCGGAGAAGCCCAGUCUGCCUCACUCCAAGCCGCUGCUGAUCAAGGGCCUCACCAUGAGUCCGGUGCCGUGCUUCAACAAGCAGCGCAGCGGCUGCCGGCCCUUCUGUGACGUCCUCAUCGGAGAGACCAAGAUCUUCACCACCUCUCAGGAGUAUGAGAGGAUGAGAGAGCACAGGAUCCAAGAAGGGAAGGUGGUGUUCCCUCUGGGCGUAAGUGUGCAAGGAGACGUCGUGGUUUCUAUCUACCACAUGAGGUCGACCAUUGGAGGACGUCUACAGGCCAAGACGUCCAACACCCAAAUCUGUCAGAUCCAGUUCCACACUGGCUUCAUCGCUCCUGGAACCACCGUGUUACAGUUUAACAAGCCCGACCUGGAUGCAUGUGACUCUCCAGAGAAGUAUCCCCAGCUGUUCCAUGUGAUCCUGGAUGUGGAGGUUGAGGGGGUGGACAAGCAAAAAGACCUGACCCCCCCGUGGGAGCAGUUCCCCUGUAAAGACCUGAACCCCAACGUGCUUUUCUCCUGCCACCAGGAACACCAGGACGCGCUGGCUAUCGCUGAGCCGAGCCGCCCCCCCGGGGGUCCAGAGGGUCGGGGCCACGGCGAGGAGAGUGAGCCCUCCGACGACGAGAUGCUGUCUCUCUCCAGCCAGCGCAGCAACGCCAGCGCGGCCCCCCAGAGACCUGACCUCCCAGCCCAUAUGUCUGCAGCUCCUGUGAGUGAAGAAGUGGAUCUCCUCGGCCUGGACGGGGACGAGAUGAACCGGCCGGCCUGUCCUUCGUCUCAGCCUCCGUCUGCCGCGGCCACCGACCUCCUGGGGGACUUGUUCGGGGGUCCGCCUCAGCCAAGCAGCGGCGCUUCAUCCGCCCAGUCCACUCCACAGAGAGUUGUCCCCAACACCGCCUCGCCAUGUCACUCUCCUGCACCAGCGUUCGAUCCCUUCGGGGCGGGUCCGAUGCCGAAGCCUCAGGACGUGAUGGGCUCGUUCCUCGGACCAGGUAACGUGGGGGGGCCGGACCCCUUCCUGCAUGCUGCUCGCUCUCCGUCUCCCACCCUGCAGCCCACAGGCCUGGGUCGGAGCUCCCCCGUUCCGCCCGCCAACCCGACCGUCAACAUUCAGCAGCAAAACGCCAAGGGAGGCUGGGACUGGAACCGACCGGCCACCACCACCACAGGAGGAGGCUUCAGUGUGGGCAGUUGCUCAGCUACCACCAGCCCCACAGGCUCCGUGAACAACACCCCCACCCACCAGACAAAGCCGAGCUCCCUGGACCCGUUCGCUGACAUAGGAAACCUCGGGGGAAGCCUCGGAGGAGGUUCUGGCUUCUCCAGCAAACCCACCACCCCGACUGGAACCACCCCCUCUUUCCCUCCCAUGGGCUCGCCAUCACGGCCUCCUCCGUCUCCCCAGCACGCCGGAGGGUGGCAGGCUCAAGCAGGAGCCGGGUUCCCCUCCUGGCAGCCGGGUGGUGCUGCAGGCGGCGGAGGGUGGCCUGCUCAAGGACAGGGGACCCCCCCGCAGCCAAAGCCCAGCCCCAGCCACGCCCCCAUGCCUCACACGUCGCCUCAGAACCGACCCAACUACAACGUCAGCUUCUCUCCGAUGGGAGGAGGCUCGCCCAGCGCGGCGGUGAAAGCACAGGCGGCCAUGGGUUCCAAGCCCAAGGUCUUAAACGCCAACUUUGACGACCUCCUGUCCGGUCAAGGCUUCGCAGGAGCCAAAGAGAAGAAAGGUCCCAGGACCAUUGCAGAGAUGAGGAAGGAGGAAAUGGCCAAAGAGAUGGACCCAGAGAAAAUAAAGAUUCUGGACUGGAUCGAGGGGAAGGAGCGCAACAUCCGGGCUCUUCUGUCCACCAUGCACACCGUGCUGUGGGAGGGGGAGACCCGCUGGAAGCCCAUGGGCAUGGCCGACCUGGUCACUCCGGAGCAGGUGAAGAAGGUCUACCGCAAGGCAGUGCUGGUCGUCCACCCAGACAAGGCAACGGGACAACCGUACGAACAAUACGCCAAGAUGAUUUUCAUGGAACUAAAUGACGCCUGGUCAGAAUUUGACAGCCAAGGACAAAAAGCUCUCUACUGA